CCGUACCUGAGCCACAUGAGCCCGGGCAUCAGUCUCAUGCCCGAACUUCUGCCCAGCGCCCCCGUGCUGGUCCCGGGGAGCCCCACCGGCAUCGCCAUGGGCAACGGAAAUUCAACGCAGAAGCAUGUUCGCACAGACAAGCUUGAGGUGUGUCGAGAAUUCCAGCGGGGGAACUGCACACGCGGGGAGAACGACUGCCGCUAUGCUCACCCGAUGGAAGCCGCCAUGGUGGACGGCAGUGAGAACUCCGUCAUUGUUUGCAUGGAUUACAUCAAGGGCCGAUGCACCCGUGACAAAUGCAAGUACUUUCACCCUCCAGCUCACUUACAGGCCCGGAUAAAGGCGGCGCAGCACCAAGCCAGCCAGAAUGCUGCGGCCAUGGCUUUGCCACCAGGAGCCAUGCAACCAAAGAGAGCGACCCUGGAGAAGACUAACGGUGCGGCUGCCAUCUUCAACCCCAGCAUGUUCCACUACCAGCAGGCUUUGGCCAGCAUGCAGCUGCAGCAGCAGCCAGCGUUCAUUCCCACAGUUCCCAUGAUGCACGGUGCCACCACUUCCACUGUUUCGUCGGCUACGACCCCAGUCACCAAUGUUCCUUUUGCUGAAUCAGCCACCUCCAACCAGUAGACGCCGCCGAGGUACUGAGUGCCGACCCCAUCGACCUCCAGUGCGUUCCCUUGGAGGCCCAUUUCUGUCCCGUUCCUAAACUCCUGGUGGCUGCACCAAUGACGCUGAAUCCAGUAAGCCUCUCCCACAAUCCCACAACCUAAUCAGGCCCAUCUCUCAUGCAACAUGUGCCCAAACAACAGAAAAACGAAUGCAACAAAACGUGUGCCUAAUCUGUACAUCCUUAACGGGCAAUACAUUCAUCCUCAUAUCAGAGAUUCUCACUUCAUUUGACGUCAACAGAGGUUUGUUGAUAUUGAAACAGGCAAUACUUAAGCUUGGACCUACAACUGUUUAAGGAAGCAUGCCAUCUUGAUGCAAGGAGCAGGCGGAUGCUGAAUCAGGAGAUGGAGCGCUCUCGUAACUCACAGCCAUAUGAAUACAUGCAAACCAAUUAGCUGAGAAGAGUGAAUUCUCUUGAGGUGAACAUUAUUUCAGAGCCGACUCGUUUGAUGUACGGUAAGAGGUGGAGUCGUUGCAGAUCAUCAGCAGAAUGUUUCUCCGUCGUAGAAUGUGAAAACCCAGAGUGUGUGAGAGCGACACCUAAAGAAAUUUUACAUUGUGUUGGUGGUGGUGGUAAUUUCUUUCACAUUUAAUUAUGAUUGAUGAACAUG